GUGACAUCGAUGUCCGCGGGCUGGGUAGCUGUCAGUUGCUGCAAAAUGACGCAGUAGACCCUGGGGACGGGGCAAACUGGGACGAUGCUGCACUUCACAUAAUGAGCGGAAAAUUUCGAUUGAAUCUGUGCUCCGUUGCGCAAUGAUUGACAAGUGGGGGGACAAAUAGAUAUUCCCCUCCCCUUUGGAUGACCAUAACAACGAUGCUAAAUGCACUUUCUCAAUAUAGAGCGAGGAACUAAUUGCAACAAGGCAACAUGUCAGCUGAGUCACCCCGUCGAGGGAACCAUAAGGGAGCUCAAGUGAUAUCGCCACAACCCGUUAGUGACAGAUCAAUUAUCGAAAGUGUGGCUGGCAUAAUAAACGACAUUGUUCCUCAAUCUUACACUGGGUCUCCAAAUCUGGAAAAUAAGGAAUCAAUAACAUGGGCCAGGUUUGAGUAUGCCGAUGUGAAUGAUCCAGCGCUUUAUCCAGAUUAUAAUGAAGGUUCAAGCACACCGCCAUUACUUUUGGUGCUGGGAUAUGGAACUGGAGUACAGGUAUGGCUGGUGACUGCAUCCGGCGAAGCUACGGAAGUUCUUUCAUGGCGUCAAGGAAUAGUUCGCACUCUGAGGUUCCUACCAAAUCCCAAACCAGACAAUGACCAAAUUGAUUUAUAUCAAUCCAAGAGACCAAUGGUUGCUAUUUGCGAUUCGGCUGGACCAGGACCUCAAUUCUGUAGCAUUGGAUUUAUUUCCCUCAAGACCGGUGAACAAGUUAAAAGCAUCAAGUUCAAAAAUCCUGUCAAUGAUGUACUUGCCAACAGAAGAUCAAUCGUAGUCACCUUCUCGGAGAAAAUUGCUGUAUUUGAUGCAAAAAAUUUAGAUGAUGUGUUGACAGUAACAACUUGUUAUCUUAGUCCUGGACCAAACUCUAAUCCUAUUGCAUUAGGCACAAGAUGGUUGGCAUACAGUGAAAAAAAACUACUACCGGCAAGAAGAAGUAGCGGUGGCAGUGAAGGAGAAGGUGCUCAAAGUUAUACGGCCACAGUUUUGCAUGCUGCUAAAUCACUUGGCAAAGGACUGAGAGGUCUGGGUGAAACAGUAGCUUCAACUAUCACUGGAAAUUCAAUGACCCCUACACCUCUGAAUAGCGUUGGCUUCGAUACAACUCAGCCUGGUGUAGUAACUAUACUAGAUCUGCAAUCUGCCAAAGAGGACAAAGAGUCAGAUGAUGGAACAAUUGAAACUAUGCUGGCCCAUUUUACAGCUCAUAGCGAUGCCAUAGUAGCCAUGACGUUUGAUCUUACGGGAGCUCUGCUUUUGACCGCUGACAGACGGGGACACGAUUUUCAUAUAUUUCGAAUACAACCUCAUCCCGGUGGCCCUACAUUAGCUGCAGUCCACCAUCUUUAUGUUUUACACAGGGGUGAUACCACUGCUAAAGUGCAAGACAUGACGUUUUCAAGUGACGCACGAUGGGCAGCGAUAUCGACUGUUCGCGGUACAACCCACGUUUUCCCUGUGGCCCCAUAUGGAGGGCCUGUGGGUGUCAGGACCCAUUCAACUCCACAUGUCGUCAACAGACUCUCAAGAUUUCAUAGAAGUGCUGGGUUGACAGCAGAUGGUACGAGAUCCCAUUCUCCUGUUGCUCAUGCAGAAAUUCCCCUGUCAGUCUAUCCUUACUCGAACCCACGCCUUCCACCUUAUCCUCAUCCUACAAUCCUUCAUCCGCUUGCCCAGAUACGACAACCAUCUACGUUAAAUCAUGUCAAUAAUCAACCCCAACCAAGACCACAGCAAAGACAACGCCUUCAAUCUGAAGACAGCGGAAGCUUGCCACUGAAGAUUUGUUCCUGUUUUGCACCGCAAAGAGCAUGGAUCUAUGCCCAGCGUGAUACCGCGAGUAAAGUCAUUAAACGUCCCGUGGAUUCGUUAUUUAUAAUGGCAUGUCAUGGGAACAUGAUACAAUAUGAUCUAGAACCAAAACCGGCAGCAGGAGUCCCAAAGGAAAAAGUUUGCGACGACACAACGAUAGAACUGGAAGUUGAAGCCAGAGGACAGUGGCCGCUGCUCAGAUCUGCAGGCUCUCUAGAAAUUUUACCUCCACUCUCAGUGUCCAGCCCUCUCCUUGGUAUAACCAUUGCUCCAAAGAGUAAACCAGCUGACAAUUCGUCCGAGGAUCAAUGGCUAAGUCAGGUUGAAAUUGUAACUCAUGCCGGACCCCACAGGAGAUUGUGGAUGGGACCUCAAUUCAUUUUUAAAACUUACAAUGCACCUAGCGGAGUCGCAGUGAACUUGGUUGAAGCAGAAGCUGUAGAAGUCGGAGUAACUGGAGGAUCACGACCGGCACGAUCUAAUCCGGUAAACAUGCCUCAUACCGCAACAAGACCCUUGGUUCCCGUUGUCAUCGAUGGAUCAGGAAGUAGUUACGAGCAGUCUCCUAGAUUUUUGGAAGCCUAUGGUGAUUCGUUGGAAAACGAAAGCAUAGGUGUCGGAGGUGGGGAAAAUCAACUCAGAGAAGACCUAGCUGAAGCUAUGUUGGAAACAGCUGCUGCUCCACACCGUGCCCCAGGGAGGCGAGUGGUAGUUGAAAGGAUGGGACAGCCCGUCGCGAAAGUUGUCAACCCUCUGGGAACCGUUAUAACUAUCUCUGCGGAUGAAGAAGACACUGUUUCCAGCGGUAGCUAUGAAACGGACAACACUUUGGAGCCCCUCCGAAGUCUGUGUGCGGAAGAGGGUCCGGCUUCACUCGACGAUUUUAGACAGGAAUCACAGGCAAUCAAAAAUCUAAGUGAAAUUUGCGCCGAAAUGCGUGUGACCGGUAACUCUGCCAUUGACUCUUUAACCAAUGAUGACAUAAAGGAAGUUGUUGAAAGAAAAGCACUUUACGCAGAAGCAGCAAGGCUGAAAUCAAAAGGUACGGUCAACUUUGACGAAGCUGAAGCUUUCACGGAUGUUAAAAUGACUUUGAAUUUAUGCGCUGAAGCCGGUAAAAUACCAACCAGUCCGAUGACCCAGGCCAACGAAAAUCCUUGGAUUCAAAGAAUGGCAUCGACUGAUCGUAAAUUGGCUGAUACAAAAAUUGCGAGAGCAAAAUAUGUCAUCAAUUACGACGAAGAAACCAUUGUAUUCACUGAUAAUAGAGCUCUUUCAAGUAAACAAGUUGCCAACUUGUGUGGAACUGCUGACAGCAGUAGUGUCUCCAAUAUCUGCUGCAAAAGUAACAUUGACCACUUCGAAGAUGGUGAGACACACAAACGACCGAAUCAAGUCAUUUCAAAAAAUUUAUCCUACCGAAAAAAAAAUGAAAAACUACCAGAAAACAAAAUCCUGCCUCUUCCACAAAUUUCGAGCAAAGUUCAAGAGAAAUGCAAUCAGAAAGAGACAACUGAGACAAAGAUGGAAGACACCGUAGUGUGUGAAUCACAUUUAUGUCAAUUAACGGAAAACAUUGUGAAUACACACAAUGCUGUUAAGGAUACUUAUCAGUUAUUGCCAAACAGAGAAAAAUUCGGAAAGAAAAAAAUUAAAAAUAAAUGUCGGGAUGUUGAGAGAUUGGAGUCAACGUUUGAAACUAUCAAAGAUGCAGAAAUAAACGCCAUAUCUUCGGAGAACUUGGCGUCAAAGACUGAUCACACAGCAUCGAACCAAACCAGGGUCAAAUCAUCAUCCUCCCGAUCACUCUGUAUUGACGAUGUUGACAGUGAAUAUUCAAUCUUAGAGAAGAAUGAGUCUCUUGACCGUCACAGUGUAUCUUCGAACCAUUCAGACGAAGAUUUGGAACAUAUUGAUUCCUCUGAAGUGGUACCUACCUUGGCCAGCAAAAAUUCGCGAUAUGAAAUAAGCGAGAUCAACAGAGACGUUGAUCUAGAUGAGAUACCCGCACUGAAAGGUGGAAACGUGAUCACACAACAUGAGAGAAAGUCAAGCAGAGCCGCUUCAUCUGACGACGAUAUGGAACACAUACAAUCUUCUGAAGUUCCACAGGAAUAUUCGAGUUCUACAAACCCAAAAAACCAGUCUGACUUCAUAGCAGUAUCUCCAAAUGCUGAAUGCAUCGUUGGUAAAAAUUCAAGGAAAACUUAUGCGCGGAUGUCAGUAUCACCAGCAACAGACUUGAAUAUUGAAUGCUCUGAGAAGAUGACAUCGAGUGAGCUUUCUGGUGUAUUCAAUGAAUUAUAUGCAGCACAGCAGCAAAGUCGACCAACUGAUGAGCGGAUAUGCUCUGCUGUUGGUCCCAUUUGUCCCUCGAGAUCUUCUACAACCCUGGAGACAACUGUAAAUGUCUCGACCAAAGAUCAGGGUAUCGAAUGUAACACAGAUUCAGCCAAAGGAAAAUCGAGAGUCAGACCCAACAAAAAUAGAAAGAAGAAAGAUGAUGUUCUUGUUGUAGUUGUCUCCGGAUCAACUGGAGAAAAGGAGGCAUUGAUGCGAUGCACGGAAGACAGUCAUGCCUUGAAUAAAAAAUAUAACACACCAGAGAUCGAUUUGGCAGGAGAAAUUGAUGGGUGUGUUGAGCCGAUAGCGGGAGAUUCCACGCUGUUACGGCGUUUCAUAAAUAGAGAUGGCAAACCAAUGAGUAACGAAGCUACAUCUUUAGAUAAUAUUGAGAUCAUUGAUAUUGACGCCUUACGUAGAGCUGAAGCUGAAAGUGAAAGUAACCUAGGCCAGGCACGCACUAGCGAGUGUAUAGUUUCAGAAUUAAGACCGGAAGUUAUGUUGAGUAGGCCAAAAAAAUCUAAGAGAUCGAGAAAAUCAUUUCAGAACGACUUACCCGAAGACAACUUGCAUAACUCUAGUCCUUUGAGUUUAUCAAAUCUAAAAUUGUUAGAGAUGGAAAUAUGCCAAAAAGAAGCCCGUCAUGCUUCUGAUUUCAACAAAAGUGAAAUUCCAAACUCUUGGAGUUCUAUUGUUAAGAAAAGUAAAGAUUCUACUAUUGUGGAAAUUUGUGAGAAGGUCACUUCCGGUAUAAGAGACCUUCCGAGUGAAGCAGAAGUAAUUCAGAAAAUAAGACCAAAAUCAAUAAAUCUAUCAGAGUUUGCUGAAGAUGAACAUGAAAAUAAAGAUGGAUUCAAAAGUGUAUGGAACAAUGAGAAGAGUCCAAGCAAGCAGAGCACUAAUCUGACCAUGGCUACUGGUAAUUACAAUGAAUCGAAAUUUAAUCGUCAAUUUCUAGAGUUUUCCUGCACGCCCUACUAUACUCAUCCAAGAACGAUUUCAGAAUCUCACGUUGCCGAGAAUUUAGAUGGAGACAAGAAAUGUCUGGUUGAAAAGGAUCGGCUCUUGACAAGCAAUUUGGAUGAUCAAAGCAAUGCCAGUUGUGACGUUGCCGGUACUUCUAUGACAGAAAUGGAAUCUUCCUGUUCUCCCGCAAACUCUCCACCAUGUAAUAAUCAUAUCAUAGAGCCUAAUUCUGAAGAAAUGCUACCAAAUUUGGAGCGGAACUCCGAAAAAGAUGAAUUACCCCAGCUCAUAUCUGAUUCUAUCCCAUACGAAGAAGAAAAUGCAUCACAUGUGAUUACCGAAAGUGAGUCCAUUGCAAAAGAAAAAACCGGAGAUAUAUUAUCUUCUUCUUCUCAUUCUUCAAAAGAACCUUCUCCAGAACUUGAACCUUCACCCUUGAGAGAAAAUGAUUACGACAAAGGAGCUACUGCUAGAGAGUCUUCACAUUCUCUUGACGAACCCAAUUUUAAUGCUAAUAUCAUGGAUACAGAGGAAGAUAAUUCGUCUAAAGAAAAUGUGGAGAAAUGUCUCGGGAGCGGCGGUUCAAGUGUUAAGAAGGGGAGGUCGAAAAAGAAACGACGCAGAUGAGUAAAGGAAUGCGUGGACGUGCAAAGGGCUAGCCUUGCCUUGUACUUACUUUUCAUGCAUGUCACCGGAGUUGAUUAGUAAAUUUAUAUUUAUUCUUUAUUAUUUAUGAAUUUGAUUAUUCUUAGGCAGACGACAUCUAUGCUAGCAUAAUAGUCAAUAAGAUAUAUUAAAAUCGUAAGGUAGGUUUAACUUUAACUUGAUGUGUUCAAAAAAUUGUGAGUCAGUUCAUUGUCUUUCAAUCGCGACUAUGAUUUUGAAUAUUUCAUUUCUGGUCAGUUCAAGUACCAAGGUAACAAAAUAUAUUCAUUAUUUUGACAUUGUUCUUGCAAAACUGCAAUGCAGACAGCAUAGAAUUCGAAACGCGUACCAAACAUUGUUGCAUGGGGUUUGCGAAUAUAUAAAUGUGGGUAUAAUCAUAGGCAGAAACAGCUUUAUGCUGUAACAAUCGCUGUUAUGAAAUAUCAACUGAAACGAAAAUACCAAAAUUUCCAUCAUACAGACUGCGUCCGUGUUCACUGCAUGAAAGCAAUAAUUUUAAUUGAUCAUUGUGAAUGAAGCCGAUCGACUUAUGUCAAUUGACCAUUAGGUGUUCAACAAAGAUAAAGGAUGUGGAUGCACAAGCAAAGAAAAAAAUUCAAUAAACACAACAAUAACAAUAAUAAUAACAUCAAUAAUAUUAAAGUUAAUACAAACUCUCAUAAUUUAUCUGAAUGGUAACCACCCAAGGUAGCAUACGUACAUACAUACAUGCUAUAUGAAAUUAUAAAGAAAUAGUUCUCUCUUUCGCGGUUGUAGCUCUAUUUCCAUCUAUCAUCCUGUAUCUAUGUACCAUCAUUGUCAACGACUCAAAAAACGAAAGAGUUAAAUGAUAUUUCUUGAUUUGAUGGAUGAUCACAUCAAGCGGAUAUUCAUCAUUCAAAUUAGUUAUUCCGCCAAAACGUGCGAGGUAAUUAAUAUAGACACAUAUUUUUAAUUUCAUUGAACUCAUUGAUUCGUCAAUAAAUUCAUUAAUCUGCCAAUUUUCCAUCAUGUAUAAUUGUUCUCGGAUUACAUUGAUGUAUAAUAGACCGAUGUUCCUCGCUGGUAUUGGAAUUUUCUGUAAUCGACAUGCCACUAGCUGGCCAAUAAUAUAUCAAUUAUGAGUAAUUAGAUAAAUACGGUUUAAGCAGUGUUCUUGAUAUAUACAUAGUACUUUUAAAAAUUGAUGCAUAGUACCUAAUAGCACAUUGAUUGUGACAUAUCAUGAUUUUCGCACAGAUCUUACAUUUUACUAGAAUUAGGUCACCUUUGGAGUUAUUGAAUAAUUAUCGUUAUAAUUGUGCGCUUAAUCAGCAGGUAAUACUCAUUAUAGUAAUUGAACGAUUGCGUAAUUGCGUUUUUAUUUAAUUUGCGAUUGGGCGAGAGUCUUUCAACACCUUUUUGAACAUGUGAGCAUAUGAUCUAUUUUAGCUUAUAUAUUUAUUGAUAAAUUCGUGGGAACUUGCUGCAGCGUCUAGGCUUAAGUAUAGGUACACCUAUUUAUUUUAAUCUAUUCAUUGCUAUCACUGGAUGAAUGACGGACAACAAUGUCAUUACAUACAGUGAGAUAGAAUUUCUGAUGCACUUAUGAUGGGCUACAUGGGGCUUGCAAAAAAGGCAAUCGUGUAAUCUUUUUUCAUCAUCAGCCAUUAGAACAAAACAAAGAACAGUAUUAAUGUACCUGCAGCUCUCUAGCUGUCCAAUUAAUAUUUCUAGAAACAUGUGCCCAAGGGACAUGCAUAGAUAUACUUCUAUAUAACUAGACAGCCAAUUCUAGCUCUUUUUAGACCCUGUGCGAUAAAAUAGUGUUAGACACGUGAUGUACUUUAUGCAUCGGCAGUGUUGAAUGCAUUGAAAAAUCUGAUGAUCACAUCCAACAAUUUUUGCUUGGCUUAAGUCAAGAAAUUGUUAUUCUUUACAGUAAAUUAAGCUACAGAUAGGCUAGUCGAUACACAAAAUUGCAUUCACUUGCUAUAUGAAAAAGCCAAUCUGACAAUGAAAUAUAUGACAAAACGGUCUAUCAGAUCUUUACAAUAUAUAAUUUCAUAUGGGAUACUUAUUGUUAAACAUAGGCAUGAUCUUGCGAUACCCAAGUAACUUCAUUACCCUGUCCAAAUUUGAAAUCAAGUUCUUGCAUCAUCAAUCAGAGAACAUGAUAAUUUUCGAGCAGCAAUAGUAUGUAUAAAUUCUCUGUCUGCAUCGCAGCAAUUAUUCACAGUCAAUCUUAUAUUAUUAUUUUUUGAAUUCUCUGCAAUGCAUUCUGCUGUGUUUAUGAUCUGUAAAUAAUGCAGGCGUCGGUCUGUAUCGGAUAACAAGUUGGAUGUUUAAAUACUUAAAUUUGGCAGAUCUAUAGCAUAACGGGUAGCUGCCGAAUGUCCAUUGUUCCAUUUUAGCAGUAGCGCAAUAAAAAUGUAUAAGAAUUUCAUCUAUGUACCUUAUCACUAAUAAUAUGUCUCUAUAAGUAUUUUCUUGGGCCGGUACGUGACAAGAGAGAAUAACUUCAAAUAAAACAAAAUUGAAAAAACAAAAUAAAUCAAAAUGCAAACCGUUGAAGCAGUA